GAAAGCAGGUUCACACAAUGUCCAGAAUACCUCACAUCUUUGCUACACCACUCAUAGUCGUCUCCCUUCUUUCUUCAUUUGCCCUCAUUCUGGUCCAGGGAGAAGAUGAUCACGAUUUCGUGAGAGCCAUGGACCGCGAUCUCUUGGGUCUCAAGAAAGAAAAGCUCAGCCACUUCCGGUUGUACUGGCAUGACAUUGCCAGCGGCAAAAACCCAAGCUCAGUCCCAGUGGUGAAUUCACCCGGUAACUCAUCAACGUUCUUCGGAAUGCUGAUAAUGAUCGACGAUCCCCUCACCGAAAAGCCGGAGCUGAGCUCGAAACUGCUGGGGAGGGCUCAAGGGUUCUACGCAUCAGCUUCACAAAAGGAGUUGGGACUGUUGAUGGCCAUGAACUUUCAUUUUAUCAAGGGCAAGUAUAAUGGGAGCACCAUAACUGUGUUGGGGAGGAACCAGGUGUUCAACAAGGUGAGAGAGAUGCCGGUGAUCGGAGGAAGCGGGCUUUUCAGGUUUGCAAGAGGUUAUGUGGAAGCAAGAACUCAUACAUUUAAUAUGAGCACCGGAGAUGCCAUUGUUGAGUACAACUGCUAUGUGCUCCAUUAUUGAUGCUUCUUCUUUUUCUGUCUGUUGCUUUCUUCCUUUGAGCAUUUCGUGCUUGCCUCUUUUGAGGUCAUGUAUAGCUACCCACCAUUGUCUACUUUUGAUGGGUCUAGUGAGGUUGGUUGCUAUUGUACCGUGUUUUUAGUUUUUACAAGUGAGGGCAUAAACUAGUGUAUUAGCGAGACGCAUAAAUUUUCACCAUUGUCAUUUCUGUUGUCAGUUAUAUUGGCACGAGAAAUCUACCGUAGUACCUAAUUUUGUGAGUUUGCAAUAAGUUAAAGUUGAUGAUAAAAUAAUAUUAUAUGUUUAAAGAUUUAG